GAGAGGAUGAAAAACGCAGUGGUUUUCGCAGUAUCUUCGUCUCUUAGUUCUCUGGGUUCAUCCCCCAGGGCAGCAAAACUCCAUUCUGGUUAGUCAUUUCCAAGAUCUAAUCAACCUAAAUAUUAAAUAGAACAGCUGCCUCAAAUUCCUAGGAAUUUCAGAAUGACUGACAAUUCUGAAGCUGUUCCAAAUUUUGAAGAGAUGUUUGCCAGUAGAUUCACAGAAGAUGACAAAGAGUACCAAGAAUACCUGAAACGCCCUCCUGAGUCCCCUCCAAUUGUUGAGGAAUGGAAUAGCAGAGCUGGUGGGAACCAAAGAAAUAGAGGCAAUCGGUUGCAAGAUAACAGACAGUUUAGAGGUAGGGAUAGCAGACGGGGGUGGCCAAGUGACAGUCGAUCCAAUCAGUGGCCUGGACGAUCCUGGGGUAACAGUUACCCGCAGCACAGACAAGAACCUUACUACCCCCAUCAAUAUGGAAACUAUGGUCACAACCAGCGGCCUCCCUAUGGCUACUACUGAUAGAAAUGUCAGCAGCUUUUAGGAAAACCAUUUACUCUGUUAACAUGACAAAAGUUGAUGUUGUAUCUUCUGUUGGUCAUAGUUUUACAUUGAUUUUAGAGAAUGGAUUAUUAAUUUUUGGGAACUUGAGGCUUUUUUUUUUUUUUUUUUAAUUAGAUCUGACUAGAGAGAUGUGAUGGUUGCUGGAAAUAAAUACUCUCCCAAAAAGGUUGUGGAUUAUAUUGCUUGACUUCUACCUCAGAUUCUUUGUUUCAUGACUUAAUAGUGCUUUGAACUUGGUUUAUUUUUCCCUUGCUUGACCUUCAAGAGUUCUUUGUUUUACACAGAAAUAAAAAUUUUGAAUAGAAAA